CAGUCAUUCAGCUACAUUUCGUCGUGUACUCAAUUCCUUCUUCUUUGUUAGACUUAUGUUCAGUUAAAACUAUCACUGUCAGCAAAUGUCAAAUAGUUAGAAUAUAACUAUAUGACUAUGAUGUUUGAGUCCUUUCUGAAAACCAAGUGUCCCAGUUAGCUAACUCCAUGCUAACGAAGGCUAUUUGGAGAAUGGCGGAGCAACACAUCCAAGCAAAGCUGAUCAACCAUCUGAAGCAAGAUAAAAUACAGUUGUGGAAUCCCCCCUACACCUCCGAAGACAACAAACCCGGACUACAGCCGCUAAAGGAGCUGGCCGAGCGCUAUGCUCCCGUUGUGUGUUUUUCGGUGGAGCAGGUAGAGGAAGCUCUGGAGUACGUCAGGGGUCAAGCCGUGAAGAGAGGGAAGGGGAACAGAACCUACAGAGAGACCUGUGUGGCCACCCUGGAGCUACAGCUACCCAGGGAUGCCAGGAAGGAUUCCAAAAAGAACUAUCUGGAGACCAGACUGGAUGUCCUGACCCAGUCUGUGAUGGACAGGAUUGCUGAGAUUCACGGCCUACAGUAUAUUAAGCUGAUCUUAAAUGGGAAGGAACUGCUGCCGGAGAAGCAUCUGAAUGAGCAGAAUGUGAAGAACAACAGUAAGGUGAUGGUACUGAGGGUGAGUGAACCACAGAAGAAGAAACAGAUGGCUGAUGAGGAGGACAAGAAAAAGACUCAGAACGAGAGCGUUCAGAGGACCCAGAAAGGCUUCCAAAUCCUCUCGGAGAGAGAUGGCAGUGAGGACCCAGCUACCACACCUUUCCUGGAGAUAGCAGACCAGAAGGGCAACCCUCUCAACAUCCCUCACAGCGAGAAGAAGGCUCUGAUCCUGGCCAUGGGAUUCCAUGAAAAGGGCCGAGCGCUGUUGAAGAGGAAGCAGUAUGAAGCUGCACUAUGCCACUUGCUGCAGGCCGAUGACCAGUUUAAUCAGUGCGGCUCCGCUCUGCUGGGUACAGUGGAUAACUAUGCAGUACUGCAGCUGGACAUCGUGUGGUGCUAUCGAGCGCUGGAGGCCCUGAGCUGUCUGGAUGACGGCAGGCAGCGGUUACAGAGGGCAGAGGACUGCUUCCUCAAGUGUUAUGGAGAACGGCAACAGAGGCUGCUGCAAAUCAAGGGCAACACAGGAAGUGAGGACGUGUUGUUCCUGAGGAUGUACCUCCUCCAGAGUCUUCUCUUCUUUCUGGAUGGGCAAGAGCGAGACGCUGCCCUCAAACUACAGAAGGCGGAGGACCUGUACAGCCGUCUAGUCACGGACCCAGACCUGAUGACCCAGCUGCUGGCUUUUGGCUUCUCUGAGCGGGAGGCUCGCCUGGGCCUGAGGGCCUGCCAGGGCAACGUCAACCAGGCCGCCAUGCACAUCAGCAACAGGAGACAGGAGCGUGAUGAGAUGAAGAGGGAAGAGAGGGAGAAGAGGAGGAGGAGAGUGGAGGCUAUCUCCACCCUGAGAGAGCUGGGCUACUGUAAGAGAGAUGCAGCUGUAGCCCUCCAGCAGGCAGAAGGAAACGUGGACCAGGCCUACCAGAUUCUCCUUGACUCCGCCCAGGCGGACCAGUCCACGAAUAACAACGCAGAGGAGCCUGUCAGUCAAGACCUGGUGGAACAGGUAAGGACACGCCCCUCAGAACCAGCUUCUGCCUUACCUUCCUCUGUGUGUGCUUGUGUAGACUUUGACCCGUCCUGCGACCCGUUCCAGCUCCAAUACCUGGGCUUCAGCAGGGAGAUGUUAGAGGCGGCGUUAAGGCUGGUGGGGGGGGACAUCCCCGAGGCCACCAGGCUGCUGCUGGACAACGGCGGGGUGAUCCCCCCUGAGCUCCUCUCCCCCUCCCCCCCUUCCUCCCACUCUGAUGAAGCCAGCACAUCCACUGACUCUGCAGGCUCCACCAGUGUGUCACAGAGCCUGAUGGAUGUGGACCUGGUGAACGAGGUUCUGGAGGACAUUCCCAGACAUGAGGAGGACUAUCUGGACCUCACCCUGGAGGAGGAGAUGGACCUCAUAGGCCAGAUGAAAUCCCUCCUGAACAGGAUGGGAAGCUGAACACACACACAUGUACACACACACACACACCUCGUGACUCCGCCUUCUAGCAAUACAUCUAAAUGUUCACCUGUUCUGUCCUGUUUCAGACUUUGGUCCUGUUUGAACACUCUUAAAGAUGCUUCAAACCUCCCUUCCCUAUAUCCCUCCCCCUAUCCCUCCCUCCCUCCGUAAACUGGUUUGAUCUCUUCUGUGUUUCUGCAGCUGCAGUUCUCUGUGAAAAAAUGUCAAAUUAUUAAAGUAAAAAAAUAUAUAUAUACAGGUAUUUCAUAAAACUGUAUAAUCAUAUCCUGACAUCUAAAGCUUUUUUGUGUUUUUCAACAAUUUCAGUUUUUCAUGGAGGUUGUGCUGUGUUUUAGUUUCAGUUCCAUUAUGAUGAGUGAUGUCAUAGUUCAUGCUUCCUUUCAUUUCAUUCACAUUUGUUUGGUGGAAUUCUUCUCAUGUUCAAUAAAACCUGGUUUGGCUAAUCGGAAUA